GCAUUGUCAAUCACCAAACAGACCUCCUCUGCAUCACCAUCGAUAAGUCGCAGCCACUGAAAGAUAUUGGCGUAGAAGAGAGAAUCGAAAAAGAUGAGGAAGUUCGAUCCAUGGCCAGUUUUCUUCAGGAGAGAAUGGAACCGUAACUGGCCUUUCCUUGCCGGCUUUGCCAUCACUGGCACUCUUAUCACCAAAUUUUCUCUCAGCCUCACCGAGGAGGAUGCGAAGAAUUCUCCAUUUGUGCAGAGGCACAAAAGGUAA